UUUUGACCCAACAUCUCAAUUCAUUAGAUUUUGGUUGUCCUCCUCAUUUUCAGCCUCCAAUAGAUGCUGUUGCCCUUAGGAUCCCCUCUCUCUCUCUCUCUUCACUACUUUCUCUCCCUUCCACCUCCCACAUCUACCACCUAGAACUCACCAUCACAGAAACCACAGUUCAAUGGAAACACCCACUCUGACCCAACAUCUUUUUUCCCAUUCUUAGUCCCAUCUCUCUCACCCAACAUCUUUUUUUUUCCAUUCUUUCUCUCUCUAAAAUUUAGUCACCCAUCCCUUUCUCCUCUUUCCAACUCUCCCCAAUAAUUGUUUAUUCUCUCUCUCUCUCUCACUGAGCCUACUGGGUUUAGGCUGGCAAGGUUGUCUUCCCCCUUCUCAAAAACCCCCCUCCUUUUUCGAUCCCUCUGCUCCAUUCAGCUCCCACACCUCCUCCAUCUUUUGCUUGGUUCUUUGCACAGUCCCAUAAGGUAUAAAAAUGGGUUCUUUCUCUCUCUACCCCUCUUCCAUUCUCUCUCUUGUCUUCCUCCUGCUAACCCAUGUUCCUUUCUCUGAUCAAAAAACCCAAACCAUAUAUGAUGUUCUAAGAUCAAAUGGCUUGCCCAUUGGUCUACUCCCCAAAACUGUGAGCAAUUACAGUAUAGACAAAGAUGGUAACUUUGAGGUCCAUUUAGAGCAAGCUUGCUAUGCUAAGUUUGAGAACCAGGUUCACUAUAAGCAGAACAUUACGGGGACUCUGAGUUAUGGCCAGAUCGGUGCCCUUUCUGGUGUCCUUGCUCAAGAACUGUUCCUUUGGUUCCCUGUAAAAUGCAUCAGAGUUGAUGUACCAAGCUCUGGUUUGAUUUACUUUGAUGUGGGGGUGAUUUAUAAGCAGUUUUCUCUCGCUUUAUUUGAGACCCCACCUGAUUGCACGGCGAUGGCCAAUGGUGACCAGCCUGAUCUUCAUGAGGGGGGCUCCAUGGCUGAUGCUCUUUCAGAGAGUCAAUUGGGGAAGUCUCAUUAUGAAGCCGAUCAAGACAUUCUAAAGGCUAGUCAAUGAACCAUGAAAGGAGUCGAUAUAAUUGAGGAUGUCGGUUCUGUUCUUCCCAAGUUGAACAAUAUCGAGAGAGUCUGGUUUUGCAGGUUCUAAGAUUCCAUGGUGUGUUUGCAGUAGAAUUCAGACUAGUUUUGCUUUCAGUGUCUGUGUAAGAAGAAUUUUGAAGGGUGAUAGGGAAGAUCACCGGUUUUUACAAGCUGAGAGUGAGAAGAGGGUGGAAACUGGAGGAUGAGUGGUGCUUUGGUUGAGAAGCAUUAGUUUGUGAAUGUGAUAAGCUAGAAGUUGCAGGUUUUGAUCUCUAUAGUGCUAUAUAGGAACCAACAUUUGGUUGCCACUUGUUGAUCUGCGUUGUGCUAUAGUGAUACUACAUAUCAAGGUUGAGUCUAUGUAAAUGCGGGAAACAUUUCAGUCUGUAUGUAUCUUGGCAAUUCUUAGUUUGAGGUAAGAGGAGAAAACCUUCUAUGGGUAAAACGAUUAUAGCUCUCUCAACCUCUGUUGGCCUUAAGGGUUGUGGUUUAUUUUUUGUUUUUUUUAUCUCUAUGCUGAGUGUAUUCUUCCGAGAUUGUUGUUUGUUAUUCAGUAAAAGAAGCACUCUUGGGUAGUGCAUGCUGGUAAGAAGUUAGGACUGAAAGGUGAAAGUCGCUUAGAUGCUCAUAUUAACUGUUCCACCCUCUUUUACUUUUGCAUAGGAAUGAGGCUGUUUCAUUGUC